CAUAAAGGCAGAAAAAGGAUGCACCUCGAACUCAAAGAAGGUUUGACUCGGGUCAGUUCUGAUCUACUGGGAUCACUACGAAUGGUUUGGCAGAGCAUUUCUCAGGUCCCAACGCCAGCGCUCGCAGAGGGUGGAAUCAGUUCCAUGACCCCUACAGAUGAAGCAGAAGUGUCACCAAUGGAGCAGGAGGAAAGUAACUUCACCAAGGUGGGGACGUUGAAUCGUGGGCGACGUAUUGACUUUGUCCUUCAGGAGACACCGAUUGAAAGUUUCAAUGAAUACCUGUUUGCCAUACAAAGCCAUUUGUGCUACUGGGAGUCCGAAGAUACUGCUCUGUUGGUUCUGAGAGAGAUUUAUGGAAAUAUCCAAGUGAGAAACGCUCAUUUAUGAAUGCUAUAUACCUUUUGUGCUGUACAACU